AGCAAGACAGUGAUAGACGUGCAGUCCUACCAGAGUGAGCUCUAUCCUCUGAAAAGCCUCAUUCUUUCUGAAGGAGAGAAACAAGGAACCAGAGGAAGAGGUCCUGCUCACAAACAAAGCUCAGAGGCCUUAGGACUAACUUGAUAUGUUUUUUGGUCUCUCGCGUCCUACUUUAGGACACAUCCGCUACUUGCAGACGUCCACCGUACAGACUGUGACCAAAAGAGCUCCGGAUCUCGCAGUGCCGCGGGUGGCUGUUUUUCUGGGUGCAUUGGGAAUUGCGAUGUCUGGAUACAGCUCUCGCCAACUCGCUGUUCACCACCGUCCCUCCACACGCAUCCUGCACUGGAUGUCCAAACCUGCCAUUAAUGUCGAUAGCCCCGGUUCCCCAGGUCGAGCCCGUCUGGCUUCAGCCAAUACUUCAAUGGCAUCCAUCAAAAAAGAUGAAAAGGAUCAACCAAACAAAAGCACAAGUGACACAGAGAAACCUGUGAAGACAUCUCCUGACAUAUGAAAACAAACAAAAAAAAACUUCAGCCAUACAAGGGACUUGUGAGGUCUUACUGUGUAAGAUGGAGCAUAGUCAAUAAUUUAGUCUGUGGUUAUUUGGAAAGUGCCUUUGUACAAGAAAGCCAGUUUGCCCAGAUUAGAUUGUGUGUAUUUAUGAGGUUGGCCGAAGUUGCACAAAUGAUUCAGUAGAUAUGUGAUAAGGACCAACUGUAGGUUUGCUGAUGAGUCAUACAUUAAGUUGACAUCCUUGUAAAAAAUCACCUGCAUUUAAAAAAUAUAUAUAUGUCUAAAUAUACAGGCAUAUUGGUUUGAUGAUGUCAUGCUUGGGUCCUGACACUGGUGGAGUGAUAUUCUGAAAUGUGCUGAAUUUUAAUAUACUGAAUCCCACAUACCAUAAUUUGUACGUCGUUCAGUGGCGUCCUAAUAACUGGCUCUUUACUUAGAAAUAUAUUUACAGUCACAAUAACACCCACUGUGACAGGCAUGUUUCCUAAACUAAACCACUUCCUGAAGAUUAGUUUGCUGAAUUUAUUUACUAGGGCUUGUUAAUGAGAUGUAAACAUACAGGUAGGCUGUGAAUGAGUCAAGAGCUGAUUUAUUGGCUUGGUUUUCAGGUUUUACAGAGAGAAUAUGGUCUGGGAAAUACAGUACAAAGAACACAGAAUGCAACUACAUGCAGAUAUUUGGGAUGCUUGUUCUGUUUGUUUUGUAUUAUGUAUAAUCCUUUUAAAUGCUUAUUUUAGUUGUUUUAUAUGGCUACUGUAUUACAGCCCUAAUAGCAGUGUUAUCUUAUAAACAAUACAAAAAAUAGCUAUGCAUGAAUUUACAUGUUAUGCAAAUAAAAUUAAAUAUAAAUAA